AUGAUGAUGUUGAAGAAGGGUUGUUGUUCAUUACUCUUGUUGCUCGGUCUUGUCCGCGGCCUUGCUUCUACGUCCCCGUCUACUGGAAAGACUCUCGUUUCGGGCAAAAAAGUCGUGGUUGUCGGAGGUGGUCCAGUUGGUCUUUAUUUCGCUGCCUUGAUGUCUCAGAAAGAUCCAACCGUUCAAAUUGAAAUUCUCGAGAAGCGCACUGGAAAAUCUGUCAAUGCGUUUGGUUUGGGUGUGGGGCAUCGCAUGCAAAACCGUCUCAAUGAUAUCCCUGGAUUGUGCGAGAAGGCGAUUGAAAUAAGUGCCACAGUGGAAAGUCUCAACAUUCCUCUUGUGGAUAGAGGUGAUCUGACCAGGCAAAUGAGUUCUUUUGUGCUCGACAAGUUUGGUAGCAAUUGCCAAUUGGCACUUGGAGAAGAAUGUGAUUCGGUGGACUUUGAGAACAAGAGUAUUAUCACGAAUACUGGUAGGACCAUUCAGUAUGAUUUGUUGCUGGCAGCUGACGGAGUCAACUCGAAAAUCCGACAAAAACUCGUCGAAAAAGAACCAGAGACUUUCCAAGAGCAACAUUAUCUAGAAAACUCCCAUUGGAAGGCGCUCUCACUGCCAAAACAACCCGAUAUCGGAAAGGGAUCAUUCAAACCACUCAGACACCCUUCCAUUGCUAGCGGACGAGUGCUACCAAAAGCUCCAGAGGGACAUGUUCUGUUGCUCUUUUGGAGAGACGAACAUGGAAUCGAUAAUCCGAUGGGAAUCGAGACGACCGAGGACCUCAAGCAAAUGAUCACCGACGCAAUGCGAGACAAAAAUACCCGGGGAGUCAAUCCUCUCCGAAAGCUCUUGGGUCUCGAACAAGGCGACAGCCAUAAGAGCGAUCGUGUUGUAGUCUUUGAAGAAGCCGCUUUGGAAGCCUUCAUCUCCCAACGGGCCGGAAGAUCACAUCACUUGAAAAUCAAUCAGUACCAUUACCAAGAUUCAGUGGCAUUGAUUGGUGAUAGUGCGCAUGCCAUGAAUUCUCUGCUAGGGCAAGGAUGCGCCACUGGUCUAGAGAGUACGCACACUCUUGUACAAUGUCUUCUUGGGGAGGAAGAGACAACGAUGGAGAAGGCUUUGUCAAGAUAUACAGAACUUGCCACAAAAGAAGCUCAUGCCAUGACCGAACUUAGCCUGAUCAACUAUGCCAUCAAGGGUCCUUUGACCAUCCUAAAAGCGUUACCAUUGAUUCUAUUGAACAUGCUUCGUGGGAGAGGCUUGUUGAAGAGGCUUGUGGACAUUAGCGUCCCCUUUUCACAAAUCGCGAAGGAAAACAAAAGCCUGCUGAAAAUGUGUCGUCGGAAAUUUGAAAAGCAGCGAAGAGCAUUUGCGAACUGA